AUGGCUGACAAGAACAGCACCCUGAAAUGCACGUUCUCUGCUCCUGGCCACAGCACCACUCUACUGCAGGGACUGGCCUCGCUCCGAGCUCAGGCUCAGCUGCUUGAUGUCAUCCUCACUAUAAAUAAUGAAGUGUUUCAGGUUCAUAAAGUUGUCUUGGCUGCCUGCAGUGACUAUUUCAGGGCAAUGUUCACAGGCGGGAUGAGAGAAGCCAGCCAAGAUGUGAUUGAACUGAAAGGUGUAUCUGCAAAAGGACUGAAGCACAUAAUAGACUUUGCGUACAGCGCUGAGGUGACUCUUGAUCUUGACUGUAUUCAGGAUGUGCUGGGAGCUGCUGUCUUCCUCCAGAUGGUGCCCGUCGUGGAGCUUUGCGAAGAAUUUCUGAAGUCUGCCAUGAGCGUAGAAACGUGUCUCAAUAUCGGGCAGAUGGCCACCACCUUUAGCCUCUCAUCCUUGAAGGAAUCAGUGGAUGCAUUCACUUUCAGGCAUUUCCUCCAGAUCUCCGAGGAAGAGGAUUUCCGGUUUCCCCCCCUGCCGCUGGAGCGCCUUGUUUUCUUCUUGCAGAGCAAUAAGCUGAAAAGCUGCAGUGAGAUAGACCUCUUCCGUGCUGCCGUCCGCUGGCUGCAGUAUGACCCAACCCGCCGCGCCAAUGCCAGCCAGGUCCUCUGCCACAUCCGCUUCCCGCUGAUGAAGUCCUCGGAGCUGGUGGACAGCGUCCAGACCUUGGACAUCAUGGUGGAAGACGUCUUGUGCCGGCAGUAUUUGCUGGAAGCGUUCAAUUACCAGAUCCUGCCCUUUCGCCAGCAUGAGAUGCAGUCCCCUCGGACCACCAUCCGCUCGGACGUCCUGUCCCUCAUCACCUUCGGCGGCACGCCCUACACCGAUAACGACCGCACGGUGAGCUGCAAAGUCUACUACCUGCCGGAUGCCAGCGGGCGCCAGUUUAAGGAGCUGACGGAAAUGGAGGUGGGCAGCAGCCACUCCUGCGUGGCCGUGCUCGACAACUUUGUCUACAUCGUAGGAGGGCAGCACCUGCAGUACCGGAGCGGCGAGGGAGCGGUGGAUAUCUGCUACCGUUACGAUCCGCACCUGAACCAGUGGCUGCGCAUCCAGGCCAUGCAGGAGAGCAGGAUCCAGUUCCAACUCAACGUCCUCCACGGCAUGGUGUACGCCACCGGUGGGAGGAACCGCUCGGGGAGCUUGGCCUCCGUAGAGAAGUAUUGCCCCAAAAAUAACGAGUGGACUUACGUGUGCUCCCUGAAACGCAGGACGUGGGGGCAUGCCGGAGCCACGGUAGGAGACAAGUUGUACAUCUCAGGUGGGUAUGGCAUCUCGGUGGAAGACAAAAAAGCCCUGCACUGUUACGACCCCGCCGUGGAUCAGUGGGAGUUUAAAACCCCCAUGAACGAACCCCGAGUUCUGCAUGCUAUGGUCAGUGCAAAUAAUAGGAUUUACGCUCUGGGAGGCCGCAUGGACCAUGUUGACCGUUGUUUUGAUGUUCUGGCUGUGGAAUAUUACGUGCCUGAAACAGACCAAUGGACAACGGUGAGCCCUAUGCGUGCAGGUCAGUCGGAAGCUGGCUGUUGUUUACUAGAAAAAAAGAUUUAUAUCGUAGGAGGGUACAAUUGGCAUCUGAACAAUGUUACCAGCAUUGUGCAGGUGUAUAACACAGAAACUGAUGAAUGGGAAAGGGACCUCCAUUUUCCAGAAUCUUUCGCUGGGAUAGCGUGUGCUCCUGUUAUCCUCCCGCAGGUAACGACCCAGAGAUAACUGUGCCCGACGGCGUCAGCCCGUGAGAUCGCCUCGUGUUGCAUGUUAUCAGGAUGCUGUGUUGUUCCUUUGUUGUUUGCAAAUGGUAUUGUGCAUUUUGUGGGUGAGGGAAGGAGAAAAAUAGCUUGUGUUCCCUCCUCCAUAAAGUCCCUCCUCCUCUUAUGUAGUGUUCUGGCAAGCGUGUUUCAUCAGAAGCACUUGUCAGCUAGUUAGACUUAACAGAUGUUACAGCUGGAAAAAGCUUUUCUCUUUUUUU